AUGAACUUCACCCACCAGGCCAUAAUGGACAGGAUAGAGGAGUUCUACCAGGCCAUGGGCGGCACUAUGGAGAAGGUCGCCGGCGACAUCUACGUCCUCGAUGGACCGCCUCCUGAUGAGAUCAAGCUGGAAGAAUUGCAGGGGGAGGACUGCGAGGUUCUGGAGCUGAGAGAAGAGCAUGCCAAAGCUAUUCAUGAUCUCUACCCUGCCAACGAUAUGGAGUCAGUAAAAGUAUUUGAACGUUUGAUCCGAGCCCUUCCAGCUUAUGGAGUCUUCUCAGGUGGCCAGCUAGCAGCAUGGAUGGUCCAAUCUUAUUAUGGUGCAAUGUUCUCUAUGCAGACUAGACCUGAAUUCCGUCGUAAGGGCUUUGGUAUACAUCUUGCACAAUGCCUCACAAGAAGUGUUAGAAAUAGGGGUUACAUACCGUUUGUGGUCAUCAGGCCAGAGAAUGAUGCUUCUCUCAGCUUAUACAACAAACUCGGAUUCAAGAGAAGUUAUCCAACAGUCCGCGCUAUCCUUCACCCUCCUUCAGAAUCUGAGGCUCCUGAGGGUAAUAUUGAGCCUAAUAACGAAUCGAAUGAAUCCAAACAAGAAGAAGAACAGUAAUUUGCUAAAGGCAGCAGUGGCGCCAUUCCAUCACAUUGAGACUAGGAAGUUGUAUUUGUUUAUAUAAUUGGAAUGUUUAAUAAUCAUAAUUUUAUUAUCUAAGAGGCUUUCCAGCAAUUGAAGUAUAGAGUUCUUUAAUAUGCUUGUUAAAAGAUUAUCUACAAAUCUUCAAAAAUAAUUUUUAAUCUUAUUAUACUUUACACAAACAAAAAGAGUUGACACUUCACAGCUAAAAAUUGUCUUAGCAUUAGUUUAAAAUUAACUUUAAAAGACUUCUUGUGCUAUAAUCUUACACUACUUAGCAUAAAUGAGAGUUAAAUAACUUAGGAACUAACUAAAUUAUUAGUUUACUGAUGUGAAUAAUCAAUUAAAUCCAAACCAUAAUCGAUUUCCAUGUCUCAUUGUGAAUAGAUGAAAUCAGUGUUGCUGUCAAAAUCAUUUAAAAAAAAAAAAAGUAUUUCUAUUAAUCUUAUAGUGAUAUUGCUAUGGUUAGAAUUUUCAGAAUUUGAUCAUUUCUAUUAACAAAUAUUUUAAAAUCUUAGCACUGCCUGUUAUAAACGGAUAGUUGACUUUAAAUUUAUUUUUCAAUAUGCCAGUGUAAUAACUAUUAAUUAAAUAUGAUUUUUGUUAAAAUACAUUUAAACAUUAACUAUCAAUUGAUUUUAAUCAAUGCUAAUGAAUUUAAAAUUUAAGGGAAAAGAAAAAUGAACUCUGAUUCAGUUAUAAACUAAUGAUUUAUUAAAAAAAAAAAAAAGUUUAUUGCAUUUAUAUUUGUUUUAUCUUUUUUUAAAUUUAUAUUUUUCAUGUUCAUUUAUAUGAGAAACAUUUUGCAUUUUUACAUAUUUAUUUUUUGCUGUACAAUAGAUAUGGCAAAACAAUAUAUACAUACAUAUAUAUGUUGUAUGUAUGCAUAUAUAGUUUCUCCUUUUUAAAAUUUUAUCAAGGCACAAUUUGCAUGAUAAUAAAAUGUAACAUGCCUAUGUAAUAAAAAUUGCUUUUAAAAAUAUUAAUGAUGGAAAGUGAGUAAUGAUUUAAAAAAAAAAAAAUUAAAACUUUACAGAAUCAAUAGAAAUAAGUUUUAUCACUAGUGCAAUAUCCUACUUCAGAUUGUGUUUUGAGGUUUUAAAUGGUCCAAAUUUCCUAGGAUGCUUUAGAAAAAAUAAUAAUAUUAAGAUUAUAAAAAUCAAAUAUUUAUACUAUGGAUGACAAGAAUGUGUUUGGUGAAUGAACUGAGUUAAUGCUCAAAAGUCCUCAUUAAAACUCAGUUUUUGUAAUACAUAGAAAGCCUUAAGAUUUAGCUUUUCACAAACUGCCUUCUUAAAAUAUAUUAUUGAAACACAGAUUUUCUAAUUAUUUUUUUACUCAUGUAGGAUUGUUACAAGGCAGGUUUUGAUGAAAACUAUGAGGCAUUGCUUUCUAGUCUGAAUAUUUCAUUUUAUAUCACGGAAUGGUUUAGCAAUAUUUCCUUUUUUGUAAUAAAAAAGUGAUGUGUAAUAUGUGCUGCCAGCUUGUACACCUUGCGCCACUGCUACCCAUACCUGUAAAUUGUAUUCUUUCAGAGAAGAUCCUUAAUUGAGUGUUGAAGAAAUUAAAUUUGAGUAAAAGUUUUAGUAAAGUCAUUGAAGUGAUAGAAUUUAAAAUUUAUUAUAAGAUUUUUGUACAGGAUCUAUUCCAUCUCUAAGAGAAGCAAAACAAAAAAUAAUAAAUAUUAUUUUAGUCUAAAAAUUAAAAUAAAAAAUAUAUCAGUUAGUCUCAGCUGGUUUUAAAUUUUGCCAUUGACAAUCUGUGAUAAUUAAACAAAUGUUUGCCUGUUCAGAAUAAAGCUUUAAAUUAUUUCUCAAACAUGAGAACAUUAUAUGGUAUUACCAUUAUUUGUAAGUUUGUAAAAAUUUCCCUUAAAAGGUAUAACUUCAUUCUUUUUAAAGGCCUAAAACCUUAUUUCGAACCUUAAAAAAAGACAUUAGCAAAACCCUUAUAAUUUUUAAUAAACGUUAGGUUUAGUUCAUUAAUAUAUUUAAGUUUGUUUUGUCUUAACCCUAGCGUAACUUACUAACCUAUUUGCUUGACACUUUUUAAGUGAUUAUUGUUGUAUAUUGUAUAGAUUAUAAAUUAUCAUCUGAUUUUAAUGAAUUAUUAUAGGAACCAAAACUAACCGUUAGACAAAAAAAAAAUAUUAUUUCCAUUUUUGUUGUAAAAUAACAAUUUUACUCAUCAAACAUUAAAAUAAAAGUUUUAUUAUUUACUUUCAAGUAAAAAAAAAUUAAAGUAAAUUUAGAAUCAUGUACAAAAACCAUUUCUUACAACAACCAUUUGACGUUUGAUUCUACUUCAUUCUUAUUUAGGAAUUGGUGCCUUUAAGAUCUGAACCACUAUUGAAUUUUAAUUAUACCU